AUGGGUGAUAAGGAGGGAGGAUCAGUCAACAGGUCGCCCAUUCUGGAUGAUGCUAACUAUGACUACUGGAAAGUACGCAUGACAGUCUUUCUCAAGUCAAUUGACAGUAAGACUUGGAAAGCAAUUGCCAAAGAUUGGAAACAUCCCACCAGGGAACAAACUGAAAGAAGUUCAAUCGCGACAACUGAAAAACCUGAGGAAGAAUGGACAAAAGAAGAACAUGAAGCUGCUCUGGGAAACUCUAAAGCUUUGAAUGCCAUCUUCAAUGGUGUCGACAAAAAUAUGUUUAGACUUAUCAAUACCUGUAUUGAUGCUAAGGUAGCCUGGGAUAUUCUGAAGACUGCACGUGAAGGAACAACUAGAGUGAGAAUGUCAGGACUUCAAAUGCUUAUUACUCAGUUUGAGAACAUGAGGAUGACUGAAGAGGAAAAAAUCUCAGAAUUUCAUAUGCGUGUGCGUGAUUUGGCUAAUUCAUCUUUUGUCUUGGGAGAACCUAUGUUAGAUGAGAAACUUAUGAGGAAAAUCUUGAGAUCCCUACCCAAGAAGUUUUCUAUGAAAGUCACUGCAAUUGAGGAAGCGCAAGACAUUGGUAGCAUGAAGGUUGAUGAACUCAUUGGAUCUCUGCAAACGUUUGAGUUAAAUUUUGGUGACAAGACUGAGAAGAAAAAUAAGAGCAAUGCUUUUGUGUCAAACACUGAUGAUAUUGAUUGUAAAAGUGAAAACCUCUCUGAAGCUCUAGCUCUUCUUGGCAGAAAGUUUAAUAGAGUCUUGAGAAAGAUUGACAGGAGAACCAAGUUUAAUGUCCAGGACAUGAAGUUCGACAACUCUAAAUCUCUAACUUUCAGCGAAAGACCAAAGAGGAAGAUAAAUCUGAAGAAAAUCAUGGUGGUGACCUGGUCAGAUGAAGACACCUAUGAGGAAGAUGAGGUCUCUGCUAACAAGGUUACUCCUUUCUCCGGAAUGAUUGAUGAACAUCACACUAGUGAUGAGGAUAUAAUUGAUGAAGAACGAGAUGAGACAUAUAGGUUAUUGCAUAACAAGUGA